AUGCUGAUGAUGAUGAAGUGGAGUGAGAUGAAUCCCCAGCAGUGGCGGGAGUUUGUCAAUCAGGAGGUUUGUGUAACGGCUCACGAUCAGCAGCGGUUUGAGGGAUUCGUGUUCACCGUUGAUCCCGUUUCUGCCAGUGUGGUGCUGGUGAGCUUCCAGGGGACUGAUCGGGCGUUAGUCAGGGUCAUUUUGGGUCACGCAAUUAGAGAGGUUCAGGUCCUCAGGAGCGGAUCAGAUGAGACAGACAGACGGAUGAAGAGUCUGUUUAUAUCGGACACAGCGCCGGCUCUCAGCCCGGAUGAGCUCCGGUCACGCAGGGAGAGUUUGCGCGUGUGGCUGGAGAAAAACCGAGUCCCGGUCACUGAAGAUGGGCAGGAUCUGUGUGUGGCGAAUGUGCUGACCAUCAGCGCCCCCUACAGGCCUGGAGACUGCAGCUGUGCCAAUGAGAUCAUACUGGCCAGAGUUCAGAGUCUAAUGGAGAAUAAUCCUUACACUAACGGAUGUACUGAACCUUCAUUAUCAUAAACAUCUACUGGAUUAUUCAUAUCAGACAGAUUCAGGUUUAUAUAAGAGAUGUUGAUAUAACACACAUGUACACAUGUAUAAAGUAUUGGACCCCUUUCACUUUUCUCAUUUAUUUUAGAUCUUUUUGUUUCAAAUUCAAAUGUUUGUAAUAAAUGUUUAGAGGUGAAUGCAUGAAAACAAA